UCAGAAGUGGGUGCGAGCCUGACAUGCACAGUUGUCGAGAAGCCGUCUGCCAAAGCGAUAACUUAUACCAAAGAAGAUGACGAGGAAACCCCGCGACUGCACGUCCCUCCUGUAAAAGCUUACGACAUAGAAAGGACGAUUACGAGGGAUACGGUGGAAGCUGAACGCAAAAGAUUAAUCGCGUUCUACGAAGAGCAGUACCGAAUAGAUCGACUUCGCAUUGAAGAAGAAAUCAGGAGGGAGGUGUUCAAAGAAUUCCAGCAGGUGAUGAGCAUGCGAACGGCUCGCCAAAUAAAAAUGACAGAAAACUUAGUACUCGAUACCCAGAUCUACGCUGACGAUCGAAUUGAGGCGCUUUUGAACUCAGCGAAAGGAGACAUCAACUUGGCCGACGAUUCUUCUGUUUGCAGUGUCGAAUCCAACGCUGGUGAUGUGACAGUGGUUCAGCGAGGCCAAGACGAUGACGAGGAGGUACUCACUUUCGUAUGUAAACAAGUAGUAGAGAUAGUAGAAUUUUUUGACGUUUCUUAA